GGGACUGGCGCCGAUGCCGCCGCGACCGUACAUCGCCGCGGUGUGCGAGAUCGCCCUGCCCGACUGGGACCCCCGCCAGGGCGCUCCCUGGCGGCAGAACAUGAAGACGGUGCGGCGGCGGGCGGAGGAGGCCUCCGCUCAGGGUGCCGACCUGCUAGUGCUGGCUGAGCACGGCAUCAUGAGCAACGGGCCGUUUACGACCCGCGAAACGCUGGCUCUGUUCGCCGCGGAGAUGCCUUCUGCUGACGAGAUGGCGGUGCCCUGCGGCGAGGCGUCGCGGCACGAGGUUGUGUCUGGCCUGAGCUGCCUCGCUAAGGCUCACCAGAUGUACAUCGUGGCGAACUACGUGGAGAAGGUGCCCUGCAGCCAAGCUUCUGACGCAGACUGCCCGGCGGAUGGCUUCUAUUUGUUCAACACCAACCUGGUGUUUGACAGGAAGGGAACAAUGAUACAAAAGUAUAACAAGGUGCACCCGUAUAUAGUCGAGCGGGAGGUGCUGCAGACACCGAAGCCGCACCUGGCCGCCUUCCGCACCGACUUCGGCGUUGUGUUCGGCCUGAUGACCUGCUUCGAUAUCCUGUUCGAAGUGCCGGCCGUGGAGUUGACGCGGCGCGGCAUUUCGCAUGUCGUGUUCCCCACCGACUGGCACGAUGAGCUGCCUUCGCUGACAGCGUUGCAGAUGCACAGCGCGUAUGCGCGCGGCCUGGGCGUGACGCUGCUCUCGGCUGGGCUCCACGUCCACAGGACGGCCAGCGUCGGCUCCGGCAUCUACACGGCCGCCGGCGCGCUCAACUACACGUACGACUACGCCAACGAGGCCGGCGCCCUAUUGACGGCGCGGGUGUCGGUUGACGGGCCGGCCCAGCCCGUCGCGUACUACCCGUUGCUUCACUACAACAUGUCAGAGUUCGCCAGCGCCGAGCUGACGGGGCGGGAGCAGGAGCUGUGCCACGGCCAGCUCUGCUGCCGCGUCAGCGUGCGUGGCACGUCGCCCGCCGCCGCCGCCGACGGCGCGCCUGCCACCUACCGCCUGCUCGCGUACGACGGCCGGCGCGACGCCACGCCACAUUGGAGCACGGAGAUCUGCAUGGUGACGCUCUGCGCCAGCCCCAGCCCGGCCUCGUGCAGCUGGUUUCCGACAGGGCCGAUGCCGCUGAUUCCGCCGUUCACGCUCUCCGGCACGUUCGGAGGGGACACGAUCGUGUACCCGUCAGCCAUUAGGACGCACAUGCACUUGGCCGCCGACUGGGACUUUGACCGUUCGACGCGCCACCUGUCCGUCGACAAUACCGACGCGCUGAUGACGGCGCAGCUGUACGGCAGGGACUUCGCGAGGGACCUGCCCUAG